CAUUGGAGACACUCCUGAGAGAAGCUCUACUACUCUACAGUCUGAAGGCACAAGCUGCUCUGAACAAACACUCUGUCCCCUGGAAGGUGCAGAAGCAGCAGGUCCCCAGGGACUCUCACACACACUCCUGCACUCCUCCGGCACCCGUGGCGCCCCACACACACCCUCCAGCAGAGUCUCCGAUCAGGAAGAACCCAAACCCAGACCCAGACCUCCUCUACAAGGAUACAAUCAGUUGCAGCAAACAGGUGGCACACACACCUGCCCUUCUGUCCUGUUAACUGGUGCAGCACAGCCAGCCGCUGAUAGAGAGCACAGUGAGAGUGUGUGUGAGAGUGUGUGUGAGAGUGUGUGUGAGCCAGACGUAUCUGGAGAGGGAGGAAACAGAGUUCCGUUCCACAGGAAGGAGUUGUGGCUUUACAGCAAGAAACACGAAGCAGGAUCAACAGCCUGCUGGGACCAGGCAUCAUACGACAGACAAAGGAGCCAAUCAGCACAGCCGGAUAGAGAGGGGAGCCAAUCAGCACAGCCGGAUAGAGAGGGGAGCCAAUCAGCACAGCCAGACCAAAGUGGGUGGAGUCAAGAGUCACAGUGCCAGUCUUCAGUAAAGGAGGCGGAGCCAAUCCCCUUCCUCUUCCCUCGAACCCGCUCUCGCCCCCCCCAGGCCCCCGCCAUGCCCACGCUGCCCGAGGAGGAGGAGGACUCGCCCGACAGCAGCAGCAGCUCCCCCACAUCAUACACUCCUACUCAAGGUAAAGCGGUGAAGGUUGCCGUGGCGACUCCCUCCAUUGUUCUGCCCCAGAUGGCCGCCAGCGUCCAGCCCAAUCCCCGACCUGUGGAGCAAGCCCGGGCCCAUAGUCCUCGUCCACGCCUGGCCAGAAACCUCGCCUCCCUGGGAGUCCCCAUCACCACUGUAGACUCUGAGGGCCAUGUGCUGGACCUGCUGAAGGAUGAUCUGCCGGAGCCUGCUCUGAGUGCAGAGGAGAGGAGUAGAAACCUGCUGCUGCUGGAGGAGGCCAAGAGGGUGAGCGAGCGCUUUCUCACCCGCAGGGGGCGCCGCAGCACCUGCAGCCUGUCUGACUCUCCUACAGCGCUGACUCCUAGCCCCACCCCUGGCUCCUCCCCUGUGCCCUCCAGAAGUAGCUCCACCUCCGUCCCGCCUCCGCCAGCUGACAGGUUAGAGCCCAACCUCCCCACUCCACUCCCCACCCAGCGCCAGGAGGUUCCCUCUGUGCGGGAGCAGAAUGAGGCUGAUAAGGUGGACACCGAGGCCUUGCGGCGUGUGGAGUGGCGUCCGAGUGAGAAGAGGAAGGUGUCCUCGGGGACGCUCUCCCCCCGCCACGCCCAGACGGGGGGUCUGAAGAAGGCCGCCUCCACGCCCGCCCCCACGCCCGACGACAGCCCCGCCCCCACGCCCGCCACGGGCGUGGCCAAGCCAGUGCCCCGCCCCCCCAUGCAGCAGGCGCCAUGCACGGCGGAGAUCAAGACCAUCGGGGCCUUCCCGCCACUCAUGCGCGCCGUCUCCUGGGAUACGGUGGGCACGCUCAGCCUCCGCAACGACUCAUACAGUCCCGCCCCCAAGGGGGAGGAGCCAGCCGCAGCCCCGUCCUUCAGCAAGAUGUCGGGAUACAAGGACUUCCCUGUUCCACCCGUCAACCUGCAGAAGCUAUCCAAACUCAGAGAGGAACACAAGCUGAUACGGAACAACAGCAUCUCCUCCACUAAGCUGCCCGAACUGUGUGAGACGGCCGAGCAGGAGAGAGGCCCCUCCCCCUGCCCGGUCCCUGACUCCGCCCAGGAGGAGGAGUCUAAGGAGAAGACUGACGUGCUACCCAGCAUCUCUGAUGUCAUGCUGCGCAAACUCAAACUGCACAGGGGCCUACCUGGCUGUGCACCACCUCUCUCAGAGAAGGAGGUUGAGAAUGCGUUUGUGCAGUUGUCUCUGGCGUACCGUAAUGACAGCUACACGCUGGAGACGCGGCUGAAGCAGGCGGAGAGAGAGCGGAACCUCACUGAGGAGAACACAGAGAAAGAGCUGGAGGAGUUCAAGGGCUCACUCAAGGGUACAGCGUGUCUAUGGCAGAGUCUGGAGCAGAGGGAGUCCUACCAGCGCCUCCUAGAGACCAUGGCGGUACUGCAGCGCCUGGCUAUCCGCCUGUCCAGCCGAGCUGAGAUGGUUGGAGCUGUACGCCAGGAGAAACGCAUGAACAAGGCCACAGAGGUGAUGAUGCAAUAUGUGGAGAACCUGAAAAGAACCUACGAGAAGGACCACGCGGAACUCAUGGAGUUCAAGAAACUAGCCAAUCAAAACUCCAACCGCUGCUAUGGAGGUUCCAUUGAUACAGGAGAUGAUGGAAUCCCUCGGCCCUCCCGGUCCAUGUCCCUCACCAUGGGGAAGGCAAUGCCACGCAGAAGAGUCAGUGUUGCUGUGGUUCCUAAAUUUAACCUCCUUAACAUCCCGGGCCAGACACCUGGGCAGAGUCCAGGCCAAUUACCUGUCCAGGCACCUGGGCAGAGUCCAGGCCAAUUACCUGUCCAGGCACCUGUUCAGCUACUCACACAGACGCCUGGCACCAGCUGUGGACCCACUUUGGUACAGGGUCCUAGCCCUGCACUCCCAGUCCUGUGUGAAGCCACAGUGAAGACUGCUCCUCCCAGUGAUGCAACACUACACACUGCACCAGAGAGUGGGAAACAGAGUGAAUGUGACUCCGCAGCUCCUGCCAAGAGUCUUAGUGUGGAGCAGAUCCGCUCUGAGCUGAAGGCCAAGAUAGAGGAGGAGGCUUACAAAAAAGGGUAUGAGGAGGGUCUGAAGAGGCUGAAAGAGUUGAAGGAGGAGGAGGAGAAGAAGACGGACGACACUACUAAGGAGAAGAAGGAGGAGAAAGAGGAGGAGGAGAAAGAGGAGGAGAAAGAGAAGAGUGAGGAGGUGCCAGGAGAGAGGGAUGAAGAGGCGCACAGAGAGAAGAGAAGCAACAGUCGGCUCUGGGACCUCUUGAGCGUUGUGGAGCGUUCCUGUCCUAAGGUUCUGUGGCGGAACCGUGUCAUGUGGGUGGCGCUGACGUCCCUCCUGGUUCUUUUGUUCCUCUUCAACCUCCUGGGGUUCCUUAGCAACAGCUCCGUCGCCCUCGGCGACGCCUCAUCAGAGACAGCAGACGCCCCGCCCACCCAGAACAAACUGUUCGGACUCAACGUGGGCUCAAAGGCCAAACAAGCUGCCCAAGAAUAACACACACAUGCACGCGCGCACACACACUCCUGCCUUCUAAAGACUACCCCUACCUACUUGAAUUCUGAGCACACACACACACAUGUAGAUGAAGCCAGAGAUGUUUACCUGCUCUUGUCCACUCUGUUAGUGCUGAUGACUCUGAUCUGGUGCCUCAGGUAGUGGGGUGGAGUUUGAUUGUGAGAUAUUUAAGUUCAAGUUUGAGGUUUUUAUGAUACUAGAUGUUCUUUUUCUCUCUUGCUACUCUGUUGAUGUGUAUUUAAGUGCUGGUGUGUAGAGGAUGUGAGUGUUGUGUGGGACAUGAUGUCUCUGCUGCCCCCUAGAGGCCCUGUGCUUGUUUGCGACUGAUCACCCUUCACUGUGUGCAUCACCUGUGUGUCUGCGGUGCCUACACCCCACUGAACCAGACCAAUAAAGUUCAUCCACCACCA